AUGGAGUAUGUUUACUUCCCAUUGGAAAAGGCACUCUUGGAGAAUUUCCAGUCUUAUCCAGACAGUGUUAAAGACUCUGUUGAUACUUUAGAGAUAACUUUGAACCUUGAUGGCAUUCCUUUGUUCAAAAGUUCACAAAGUAGUUUAUGGCCAGUUCUCUGUGGUAUUAUGAACCUUACCCCAGUUAGAAUAUUCCCAAUUGCUUUAACAUAUGGGAAGUCAAAACCUAAGAAUUUAGAUUUUCUUCAUGACACUGUGAGAGAUCUGAAUAUGGUGUUAAAGCAAGGCUUAAGUUGCGGUUCAAAGGUUCUUAAAGUUUCUCUCCGGUGUGUUGUCUGUGAUGCACCUGCAAAAGCAUUUGUUAAAGUAGUCUAGGACCUGUAUAUGAGUUUGUAUGCAUUUCAUUUAGGACAGAUAAUCUCAAAUGUUUUGGGCAAGUUGACCAUGACGGUCAGCAUGGUAACGUUGCCCGAACCCCAAUCCGGGGCGAAACGUCCGAAACUGACCACACCCAAAAACGACGCUUUCGCCAUACUGCUUAAGUUUUAAGAUUUUGAGUUGAAGGUUUUCAAAGGAAAACCUAUUUUUGAAUGAGCUGUACAUAAAUUAUAUAUUUUCUGAAGGUCUUAAACAGUUUUUAUACCAUUUUCCCCAGCCAAUUCCAGUUUUUUUCUAAUGGACCGUAUCACUAAUCAAGUUUUCAGUUCAUAAAAUCACAAUGUUACAGCUAGAUGUUGAUAUAUAGCCAGUAUAGCUAACCAAUCAGAAUGCAGUAUUGGCUAAACCCAUUUCAUAAUUAAUAGAAUUUUUUUUUUCGAAUGUUAUAGAACGUUGCCGGGAUUCUAUAAAAGGAUGAUAUUUGAUAGAUCAUUUGGUAGAUCAAGUAAUUUUUAAUGUUGUGCAUAUUCUUUCCUUAUAUACUAAUGUAUUUAUUAAUAGUUCUUAAAGUUUAUGUAAAUAGUUAAUGUGAAGUCAUUUAACAUUUUGUGUCAAUAAAUAUUUAGAAAAAUUUAUGUUUACUUUAUUUUAAUAUUCUUAACAACCGCGUUUAUUACACAACAAUCAUUUCCUUUCUCGAAUUUGCCGACGUAGUCAGAAAAUUCGCGAAAGAAUAUUAAAGUACGCAAUGGUUCUGGUGCAAUUAAGCUGUGUUAAGCUACGUGUACACACAGGGAUUAUAAUCUGGCCAAUUUAAGGUUUUAACGAAUGCUGCCAUUUUUUUCAAAUAUCAUAUAGUUAAAGCUGAAUCGGCCGACAAAUCAUGUGUGUAAACGUACCUUGAUGCUUUCGUUAAGUCAUAACGUUCCCACAACGUUUUUACCACAUUUUCACAAAGUUAAAAUUGGACGUCCUUAUAACGUGUUAGAAACGUUUUGACAACGUUCAAGUUACGUUCUCGCUACGUUAGCUACAACGUUGCGAUAACGUUUUCUGCUGUCUACAAAUUUUCGUUGUCACAACGUUGUCCCAGAACGUUCAUAUAACGUAAGUCCAACGUUUCCACGACGUUUUUAAAACGUAAUUGUGUUAGCUGGGUUACUAGGUAUUAUGGAAAUCGCCAAUCUUUGUCAGCUGCACAGCGAUCGCGCCUUGCCAUGGCAUUUGAAAGUAAGGAAGCUUCAAGACAACGAAACGAGUAGACUUGCCCAAGUCGCUCGCUGGGGACCGCGCGUAGCAAGAAGGGAGCGCUUGAGAAAGACGGAAGCGAGCGACUUGUGUCACUUGCCUGAUUUUGAAUCUUACUGAAAAAUUUGGCGCGAAAAUCAAUUAUGAGAUAGUGGGCGUUCACCAUGUCGAUUUCACUAGUUACUCGCUGGGACACGCUGGGGCCUUUCGUGGAGUGGCCAAAAUAUUUCAAACAAUUUCGUUAAAAUUUUCAACGAAUUGUAGCUGUUUUUUAUGGAUUUUGCAUUUUGUCUAACUCUAGACAUUCAUGCCAGUUUAGUUAAUGCGUUUUUCUUUGUGCACGACUCUGAAAAUCCGAAAUUUGGAUCGUCGAAUUCCCGUGCACGAUCAUAAUAUACUGAAUCUGAAUAUAAACGAGACAAAGACAAUUUCAAGGUAAAAUUAUAACUUACAGUAAACUACACAACUUACUUUUACUGUAAUAGGCUAGAUAACUACUUUACGAGAAAUCAUAUCAAUAUAAAAUUUAUCCAACAACAGUCCCUAUUUAUAAAUUGUUGUUAAUAGCUGUGGAAACGUGAAAACUGUAGUGUGAAAUAUAUUGUAUUUGUAAUGGCUAAUGGCGCAAUAAGGAUAAAAAUACCAACGUUCGAUUCAGCGACUAAGAAAUUGUACUUACGGAUGUCAAAUGUAUCACUAAACAACAGUAUUCUAGCGAUUUAUGGCCUUUAUCUUUACAGUAAAAUCCACGCGAAAUUGUAUUGCGAACGAAUCGCUCAAAAUUAUUCAACUAAUUAUAAAAAAUGCAGUACGUUUGAUCCUUGAUAACUUUGGUGUCGUUGGUUUUCUCUUUUUCGGCCGUAUACCAGUGGAUCUGUCUCACUUCUCUCUUCAUUUUGAUAGUAUUUUGUGCCCAAAGGCCCCAAACUAUUUUAUUUUUAACGUUUUAAAGCGCUGUUUAUAAAUCCUAGCCGGUGGACUAACGCCGGGAGUUUUGUUUGUAUAGGCCGCAGUGGUACUGUGUCUGAUUGUAUAAAAUCAUGAGCUGGGCUCAUUAUAUUAACAGAAACUUCAAAACUGAGCCACCUACCUGCAAUACAAACCUAGCCAAUUUGAGAGCGGCAGCACUCUCCCCUUGACAAGCAAAUUUAAAUCGACUGGUAUAUAAGACAUUAAAAUAAUAAAGUAGGUUGCAUGAUAGACAGAGCGCUGUUACAUGUUGAUAUAGUUCAAAACAGAGUAAACAAAACUGUAACUGAAAAGUUUAAUCUUCAACCCUUUGUCACUCGUAUUCGACAGUUCCGCUUAGCUCGGGGCAACCAAGGGACAACCAUAAAUCUUAAGUGAAACAACUGUGUACGUACUGCAUGCAUGUAUGAAUCAUAUACGGUUAUGUGCGUGUUUGUACGGUGUAUAGCCCCAGUUAACGCUCUAUAGAGCGUCUUGUUCAUUAUUGUUUUGUUCAUGCGACUUUCCAUAUAUUCACAAUGGAUGGCGAGUCUGUUUAUCAAUGGUUUAUAUUAAAUAUAAAUUUUACAAAAUGGCGUCGUUAGUACAGAAUAAUAAUGAGCAUUCACUGACGUCACCGGAGCAAAAAUGCACCGGUGAUUUUGGCGCGCUUGCGGGUGACAAAAGUCCGUAGCUUCCAGGAACCACGAACCGCGGACUUUGGAAAGUCUACGAAACGAGAUAAACACGACAACAAAAAAGAAAAGGUCUGUUGGAAAGCUGGAUAAUAAAAUAUUUGAGAGAGAGAAGAUCAAAGAAGAGGUGGAAAGUUAUCCUGAUGGCAUGGUUGUUAACUGGUCAGACCUUGCUCGAAGACACAACAUACAGAACACAAAAGGGGAACUAGCCAAGAAUGGGGGUCAAAUAGCCCAAGAAUGGUUAAAGUCAGAGGGAAUCAAUAUUACCAGGUUUAAGCGAAAACACGAUGGAAAUUCUGAGAGAAUCCGGAGGAAGAAACUCAGGGGACAAGGGGGAGAAAUCACGGUUGCAACUCCACAAACUAUUGACAGUGUGAAGGCUGAGUUGAGAGGAAAAAUCUUGUCAGGGGAAUAUUCUGUUGGACAGCAAAUUGCACCAAGAAAGGUAACAGCCACAAUAUUUUCUUUUAUUAAGCACUGACUUUACUGUUCAUUAUUUCAGUUUAAUUGUGUGAGCACUUAUCUACACUGCACACAUAUGUUACAACUAUAUUAUAUAAAAUUUACUAAUACUGUAGCUAGUAUCAAUGUUAGUAAUGAAUAAUCAACAUUUAACUUAGCCGUCCCGGACAGUAUAGAACUGCAUGGUGAUCAACUAAGUUAUGCAGAUAGGAGGCUUACAAAAAUUAACAAUUAAUCAAUCAUUACUCAGAAUUAUUAUAUUUAAGUCAAACUACCACUCGCUGCUUAUAAGUAAUUCAGAUGUGCAGGAAAUCAAAUAAAUACUUGUCUAUAAUUAUUUACUUUAUUGAAACCAAAUUUAGAACUUCAAUCUACAUAAUCAUUUAUUUUAAUUUCAGUAUGAAAAGUUGGUAUUAAAUGACAAUGGGGAGAUUGUUGAAACCGAGUUUGUGGUGGAAGGACGGAAGCAGCCCUUGAUUGAAAUUAGGGAAAGAACUCUGAAAAACCAAGAGAAAUUCAUGCGACAUCGUGCUGAUGACGAAUAUGGCAUAAUGACUCAUGAAAAUGUGACAACAUUGCUGAAGGCAAUCGAUGAGUACAAUGAAGGAGAAAGUUUAAAAUCAAUGCAGAAUAGGCUGAAAGACAUUGAAAGGACAAGGCAUAUUAAGAUUUGGCAUGAUCUUUCCACAAUUGCAAACCAUGGUCAUUUGGUAUUUAUGGUGUCAUCCCUUUAUGAUCCUGCAGUGCACUAUACAAAUGCAGAGUACCAAAACCUUACAGGCUGUAAAAAAGUGGACGUUCAAACAAAAGUCGAGACCCCUGAAGUCUACAUAGUAGCCAGGUCAGGAAGUUCAGACGUUGAACAACUAACUUAUAUUGACACACGUCUUGAGUGCCUGGAAGAUCUCAGUGUUAAAUUGCAAACAAAUGCUGGAAAUGAUGUAAAUGAUGUAAUGAGCUUUUUCCAUGGUGAUAGCCCAGCUCGACAACUUGAAUCCGGUCAACAAAAAGGAGGGAACUCUUACUGUUCUGGAAGCGCUGCAAAAGCACAACAGGCAUAUGAUCUGGAUAUUUGUUUUUCCUGUCACUACUUGUCUUUGACUGAGCGACAACAACUGGUGCUUUCUGGACCCUUGGGAAGGAAAAAUUCUCUGGCAAAAGUUUCCAAGCCAUUCCAAAAUUUGAAGAAAGAUGAACUAAUUAGAGAACUGAAUGCCAGGCAUAUUUAUGAGGGGGAAACCAAGAAAGACCUUGAGAAGCUUUUAACAGAGGAACUGCACGGCGUUCAAAGAGUACCGGCUUUACUUUAUACCAACCCAACAUCUACCCUUGAAUCCAUCAACUGUGGGAAGUAUGAAGUACUCAGUUUUGAGCCAUUGCAUGACAUAGGGAAGCAUAUUGAGAAUGUUUUAACAGAACUUCCAUUCCAUUUGCCAAAGAAAGAAGCAACUGCAGUGAAAGAUGUAUUGCAAUGUUCAAUUGGUGGCAAGGAUACAAAGCGCACAUUCGAUUACAGAUGUGCACUUAUUAUCCUUGCAAAGCAAUCCUCACAGAUAAUUUCUUCAAACCUUGUCCAGGAACUACUGUCCACCUUAGUAGAAAUCCAGAGAAUUGCGUACAGUUAUGAAGCUGAACGAACACCAAAAUCAGUCCUACGUCUUCACAACAUGACAUGGUACCAUGCAAUCUUGUGCAGGGAGAUAUUUGGCUUUAAGCUUAAAGAAUUGACGACCCGCAAGUUGUAUGGCAACUAUUACCACAACAUCACUAGCCAUGCUGCUAUACAGCACCGAUUAAUCAAUGGAAAGGCAUGCAAUGUCGAAGAACAGGAAAGGAUCUUUAACACCAUCACAAAUAUCACAAAGUCAACAUCCUCUUACCAUCCAAGUCAUAUCAUCGGGAACAUUUUCAUUAGAUUGCAAGCUGAGAAAGAGAUGCAAAUUUUUCAAGGGUCUUGUGAUUCUAAGCAAGAAGCAUCUGUUUCUCACCUUGCAUCAUCACUACCUGCAUACGGAAAUACCAUUAUCCCUAGCAAGUUUAUCGAGAAACACAUCAGAUCAUGGCAAGCACAUCUUGAACGGAUUAGUGAUUUCCUUUUAGCUGGCCAAGGGAGUUGGUGGGUUCAACAAGAACAUGGCAAUGUGGAAUUCUUAGAUGGAGAAGGGGCUGAAAGUACUCAUUCACAAGGUCCUUUACUACAUCACUUCCGCUCCAGUAACUUCAGAGCUGAGGAAGACUACCUUGCAAAGUGCUGGAAAGAAUGCCUAGAGAAUGGUGUUACUCUGCCAAUAAGUGUUGUUCGGGUUGACGAUGGGAGUGGUCAAAUGAAAAUUGUAAGGCUACUACCGGAAGACACAACAAAAAGCAAAAGCACCCAGCUUGAUGACGAUAAGGAACAACCACAACCUUCAUGUAACCCUACAGAAAAAAUGCUACUUGACACAGAAAUUGUUGGUUUCCAUGUUCACCCCCACGAUAAUUCAGAUCUACCACCAAGUGAGCUCGAUGACAGUGAAGCUAGCAAUGAGCUGAAUAAUCCUUCAACACUCAACUCUGUCAUCACAAUUACAGAGAGUAUUAAUGCUAAAGGCUUUGCAGCAAUGCCAACUGCAGGUAAAUAUAUACAGACCAUGCAUGCACUACCGGUCAUCUGAUUUAAAAUCAUGAUGAUUAUAAUAAGUUUCAGUAUCCAUGCAUUCAUAAAUUACUUUGAUUUAAGAUGCAGUAAUUAGAUUUAUAUUUAUUUUUUGCUUCACCUAACACUGCAUAUAUUUAAUUAUCACUGUCAUUUGUGAAUGCAUGAACAUAAAAGCUAAUAUAUGCAUGCACAUGGUCAUUUAUAUACACAAAUGACAAGAAUUAGUAACAACAUACCUUGUAUUAUAAGUUGUGUGCACAGCAUUUCCAAAAAUAUAUUGUGAUAACCAGCAAGAUUAUAAAUCAUCCAUAAAAUUUCAUUAUAGAUUCCACAAGCUGUCCAAAAGUUGACAUUCCAGUUGUAUUAUCACCAUGCAGCAUUUCUACAACAGCAGGAGAAAACAGUGAAACUGGCAGCACAAGAGAAUUAUGCAAAACAAAGUUGGGGAGAGCAGUUGACUUUGUGCUUGGGCAGUCAAAUGAAGUUCUUCAGUUUGAUAAAGCCAGGCAGCAACACAAGCAGUCACCAUCUGACAAGUUCUUCCUUGCCAAGUUUAUGAAACUGGUUGCAGUUAUGGAGGUACGUGUUUCAAAACAGCAACAACAGAUUCGUCAAGAGCUUGGUCAAUGGGAAAAAGAAUUUUUCCUGAGGCACAAUAGAGUUGCAACUCAGAAGGACAUAGCAACAUGCACACAUGCCAAACUUCUUAGAGACAAACUAAAGUAUGCUAAAGCUAUUCUUAACAAAAUAAGGAACAAAGAGUAA